AUGAUCAAGGAGCACAUAUCGCAGUGCAUGGUGAAAUCGACCUCAUCGCCAGCGGCUCAAUUGCGGAUCAAGAUUCUGGCAGAAACCCCGACCCUUCUAUCGUUGCACAAGGAGCUCGUUGCGACCGGAUUGAUUACCGAUGACGAGUUUUGGGCCCCGCAAGAGGUAAUACCAAAUGGAGAACGCAGCCUUCCCCCAAUUGCCCUCAAGCUACCUGCCAUCAACAAAGAAAUUCUCCAUUACGCCCGAAAUCAUACAAAGGCUAUUUGCAAACUCGCCAAAGCCAAAAAGUUGGACGAAAAGUCGUUUUGGACGUCGUUUUUCCAAAACGAUAUCAAUGCGGUGACGAAAGAAUUUAGCAGCAGUUCGACAGACGCGGAGGCCCGUAUACCCUCGGACCUGCAAUCGCUAAAGGAUGCGGCCUUGGACUUUUCGGUGGAGUUAAUGGAUUUCCCGGACUCUACGCACGACCCGCUUAUAUCUGCCAUAAACAAGUGGUCAACCAUUCUGCUUCCACAAACGGCAGCACCAUGUAGCUUGACACAUGAUGUUUUGAGCGAACAUGCAGUGGCCUGCUUGGAGCUUAAAUCGCAAAAUGAGUACAUCUCCAAGACUUCAGGUCAGCAUAAGGCUGACUCUGACGCACCUCGGCCAAGUUUGCCUUUUUCUUGGAUGGAUUCUAAUUUCAAACCUCGAUCUUUGGAUCUUUCUGGCGCAUUUUGUUCACUGGAUGAGGUGUGUGAAAGGGCAUCUCCAACCGAUUUUCUCUCUUCCUUUCUAUCGGCGAGGGAGGAUAUAAAGCUUUUCCACGAUAAGGCGGUGUCUAUUUUCUAUCCUGGUAAGAAUUCUGGAUUUGUUCCGCAUGAUGCGAUCGUCAUUUCCGUCCCAACUCGAGGGUCUAGGCCACUCGUUAGAGUCCUCUUUGAUGUUCGCAAUCACGCAAGCGGAGCCAUUGCAAAAGCGGAUGAAAGUAAAUAG